AUGGGAAAACGUCGGUCUCUUGAUGCAGAUCAGUCAGCCGUCUUCGCAGAGAUCCAAGAGGACCAAAACCAGAUCGAAGUUCACAAGGCCUACCUUGGGACUAUCGCCACCGACGUUCGCAUCCUUGACACCAAUGCCUAUGAAAACCGAGAAAUUGACCGCGAUCAUGUCGCAGCCCUUAUCGAAGGGUUUCGGAGAGGCUGUCGUCGUUACUUCAAAGAAACAAGAAUGAAGGCGACGAUGUCGUCCUUUGAUUACGAGGCUUAUCUCCAACACUACGUUGACGGUCAGGGAGAGGGAACUGUUCAUGAGGCCCGUGUUCGGGCGACCAAUACAGACGGAGGAACUCUGACAGACUUUGUUCAUCUGAAAGAGUGGCCGGCGGACUUACCGACCCCUUCACUGAUUGCUGGUCAGCACAGAAGAGCUGCCCUAGUAUCACUUGCCGAUGAACAGAGCAAGCUGGCUAGCUCUGGAGCGAAGCGCGCAGAUGGACAGCCCUUGGAAUCUCCAGAGCCUGAGGCAUAUUUUUGGGCUAUCGACGUCUAUGAUGCGAACAAAGCCAAAGGCAACAUCCUUACGAGCCUACAGGGAAAUAGAGACGACCCGUACAAAGUUGAUACAGAUGGGUACAACCUUCUGCGAAUGCUGCACGACCUUAACACAAUGGCGGACCAGGAACGGAAAGAAAAAUUGAAGGGAUCAAAUUUUGAGCCCUGGGCCCAGAGCAAUUUUGGCAUCAAGGGGACCCAGACGGACAGGAUUCUUUCAAUUUUGAGAACCUCAUUUUGGUCUGGGCUGUGGGCGACGUAUGUCCAGACUGCAUAUGGGCAGAAGUUCUUUAACUUCACCACAGCUGGAGAUAUCUGCAAUACAAAACUUGAGUUUUUUUGGCAACAAGAAAUUGACCGCGUCAUUAACUGGGGAAACCUUAUGUUCGGCGAUGCACGCAUAACCUCAGUUGAUUGGGAGAUAUUGAUGCAGGUUACUGGCAAAGGAAGUAAGCCAGAUCUUCUCAGGCGUCUCUUUUUCCCCUCGAAGCAGGAUCACGAAGACGGUGUUUUGAAAGGUGUCCUGCAGCUUAAUGAAAAGUGGUUUACUGAGUGGGCUCUUCCUGCCCUUGACAAGGAAUACCCUAUAGGUGAUGGGACAGUUCACUGGAGACGACCUGGAUUUUUAGUUCAUCUAUCACCGGAGAAAUAUGUCGACGUUUACAUGAAUGCCAAAGCCAACGCUGGGAUGAUCUGCCCAUCUUGGAGAGAUUUUAUCCAGAUGAAUCGGUGGGUUGCACAGCCUAUGAAGAAGGUUCUGCAACAUAUAAUCUACUGGACAGAUCAAUCAUUUUCCUAUCCAAAAUCAUCUUCUUCUCUACUGAAGACGUGGGACUGGAAAACUGAGUUAGAAAGAUAUGUAUUCAGAGAUGACCUUCCUAAUGGCAAGCGGCCAUGGUGUUUAGCCUCUGAGGUCACUGGUCCUGAGGACAACAGAAUUGUAGUUACCUCCCUCAAAGACUACAUUCAGGAGUUCAUGAUCAAAGUGUGGCAGUACAUUACAACAGAGCCCCUUUGGCGAGAUCACAUUGUUCAGAGACAGUUACCUCCCCCAACUGAUAAGAAGAUGGUGUCUACAGGCGAUGUCUCUAUUGAUGUGAUGGUAGAUUACAUGCAUAGAUUUGAGCAGAAGAACUGGGCAGGGAUUGUCAGAAUGGUCAUAGAGGCUGCGGGCCCUGUCCUGAAAGGUCCUUUUUCUCGCCUGAAUGAUCUUGAGAGCCUGAAUACGGCUCUGCGUCCCUUUAAUUCAUGGGGCCCGCUCAAUCUCAAAGCACAAUCAAACGAAAACCCGAAGUGGAAAGCAGUCCGUGUCUUCAAUACACCUACAAUCCGCGCAAAAUAUUCGAAAGAGUCGGAGAUCUUCUCUGCAAUGUUCGCAUACAGAGAAUUAAAGCAAAGAAUGCUCAAUACUCUUGCACACGGUUAUGGCGGUGGUAAAGCAAAGAAGGCUGAGCGCGAAGAGUAUAUUUUGGAUAAGCAUGAGUGGCAAGUUGCGAUGGCAGAGCUAACUGAAUAUGCCAUGACUCUCAACAGUCAUGGGUUCGAUGUUAACAUCGACCGGACUGAUGAGCCGUUGGAUCACCUGCAGAUAAUGCCUGCAGGUGAUCCAACGGGGGAAGGAGCUGCUGUCCCAGUCAUGGGUUUUUUGGACAGUGACCCAGAAACAUACAUCAAUAAGCCCGAGACUGGCAAUCGCCAGAAGAUACUGAAGCGGGCGAUGGCCCAAAACCUGGAAAUGGAGCUGGAGGACCUGGUGGCUUAG